CAACUUUUCAAGGGUAAAAAUGCCAAACCACUUAUCUGUUGACCAAAACCAAAAUGUAAAGGACGAAUACUGCCCAAAAUUCUUCUUCUUCUUCAUUUCAACCAAACCCAAAAGCUGAGCCUCAUCUCCAUGGCAGAACCACCAACUUGUAAUUGCGGUGUACCAGCUAGGGUGAAGACGUCGUGGACAGCUGAAAAUCCAGGAAAGAGGUUCUACGGUUGCGCUUACUACGAACAUAAUGGUGGUGGCGGCUGUGGCUAUUUCAAGUGGUAUGAUACAAACAGUUGCGAGAGGUGCGAUAAAUUAGUGAGACACACAAGAAGAUUGGCGAAGAGAUUAAGAGAGUUGGAGGCAAAGGUGGAAGAGACAAGACGCAAGGAGAAAAUGAUGAAAUUGUUCCUGUUUGCGGCCUUUGUUGUAUUCAUAGUGCAGAAUUUAUUGAGCAAAGAUUGAGUUGUAACUGGCAUUUGUUGGUGCAGGUGGUGA